AUGAGUAAACUCCAAGAAGUAGACGCAAGUAUUAACUUUGCUAGAGAAGAAGAAAAGACUUUGUCGUAUUGGAAAGAAAUCGACGCCUUCAAUACCAGCUUGAAAAAGUCGGAAGGAAAGAAGCCAUUCUCCUUCUAUGAUGGUCCACCAUUCGCAACAGGGUAUCUUCCUCACUAUGGUCACAUUUUAGCAGGUACUAUUAAAGACGUUGUUACCAGAUAUGCUCACCAAACUGGUCACUAUGUUGAAAGAAGAUUUGGUUGGGAUUGUCACGGUCUUCCAAUUGAAUUUGAAAUUGAAAAGAUUUUGAAGAGAGACAAGAUUUUCGAGGAAAAACUCUUUCGUGCUGAUAUCGAAGAAUAUGGUAUUGCCAGAUAUAAUGACAAAUGUGAAUCUAUUGUCAUGAAAUACUCUUCCGAAUGGGAACAAAUCAUUACAAGAUUGGGAAGAUGGAUUGACUUUAAGAAUGACUACAAGACAAUGAACUUCUCAUUUAUGGAAAGUGUUUGGUGGGUUUUCAAGCAAUUAUGGGAUAAGAAUUUGGUUUAUAAAGGAGUUCGUGUCAUGCCAUACAGUACAGGUUGUACAACACCACUCUCCAACUUUGAAGUCACACAAGGAUACAGAGAUGUCCAAGAUACUGCCAUCACAGUUGCUUUCCCAAUUAAGAGUGAAGAUGAAAAAUUCAAGGAUACAAGCUUUUUGGUUUGGACAACUACUCCAUGGACAUUGCCAAGUAACUUGGCUCUCUGUGUUAAUCCUGAAUUCACAUAUGUUAGAGUUUAUGAUGAACAAAAGAAAUGGUACUUUAUCGUUUUGAAGGAUUUGGCUUCUAAAUAUUUCAAGAAGGUCAAAACUGAAGGUGAAUUUAAGGGAAGUGAUUUGGUUGGUAUGAAGUAUGAACCUCUCUAUAAUUUCUAUGCUGAAGAAUUUGCUGAUGCUUUUAGAGUUAUUUCCGAUGAUUACGUCACAAAUUCAAGUGGUACUGGUAUUGUCCAUCAAGCUCCAGGUUUUGGUGAAGACGAUAACCGUGUUUGUGCCAAGUUUGGAAUUAUUGAUAACAAGACUAGAUUACCUCCAUGUCCUUUGGAUGAUAUUGGUCGUUAUGUUUCACCAAUUGAAACUUUCAAGGGAAUGUACAUCAAGGAUGCUGAUCCAUUGAUUAUUGAAGAUUUGAGAAGCAGACUCAGACUUUUCAAGAAGGAAGGUAUUACCCACAAGUAUCCAUUCUGUUGGAGAUCUGAUACUCCAUUGAUUUACAAGACUGUUCCAUCUUGGUUCGUUAGAGUUACUGAUUUAAGAGAUAGACUUCUUGAAAACAAUAAGCAAACUUAUUGGGUUCCUGAACACGUUCAAGAAGGUAGAUUCCACAACUGGCUUGCUGAUUGUAAGGAUUGGACCAUUUCUAGAAGUAGAUAUUGGGGUACUCCAAUUCCUGUCUGGAUGAGUGAGGAUGGUGAAGAAAUGGUUGCUGUUGGUUCUGUUGCUGAAUUGGAACAAUUGACUGGUAUCACUGGAAUUAACAAUCUCCACAGACAACACAUUGACAAGCUUACUAUUCCUAGCCAAAAGGUACCUGGUAAGGUUUUGAAGAGAGUCAGUGAUGUCUUUGAUUGUUGGUUUGAAUCUGGUUCUAUGCCAUAUGCUCAAAACCACUAUCCAUUUGAAAACCCAGAAAAGUUCCAAGACUCUUUCCCAGCUGAUUUCAUUGCUGAAGGUUUGGAUCAAACUAGAGGUUGGUUCUACACUUUGUUGGUUUUGGGUACUGCUUUGUUUGACAAGUGUCCAUUCCAAAAUGUUAUUGUAAACGGUCUCGUCCUUGCUGAAGAUGGUUCCAAGAUGAGUAAGAGUAAGAAGAAUUAUCCAGAUCCACAAAUUGUUAUUGACAAGCACGGUUCUGAUGCCUUGAGAUUAUAUUUGAUCAACUCACCAGUUGUUAGAGCUGAACCACUCAAGUUCAAGGAAGAUGGUGUUUUCGAUGUCGUCAAGGAAAUCUUGUUGCAAUGGUACAAUGCUUACAGAUUCUUUGUUCAAUCUGUCAAACGUUAUGUUGACGAAACUGGUGAAGAUUUUAACAGUGAUAUUGCCAAUGCUGCCAAGAUUGAUAAUAUCAUGGACAAGUGGAUCAUUUCCUCUAGCAACAGUUUGUUGAAGAAUAUUAGUGCUGAAAUGAAGGCCUAUCGUUUGUAUAAUGUUACACCAAAGUUGGAAGGUUUCAUUGACCAUCUUACUCGUUGGUAUGUCAAGAUUAACAACAAGCGUUUGAAGGGUGAACAAAAGGAUCAAACUAAGGAAGAUAGAUUGUCUGCCUUGUCUGCUAUGUUCAUUGCUUUGUAUAAUGUUGUUAGAAUUAUGGCUCCAUUCACUCCAUUCUUGACUGAAAAGAUGUAUCAAAAUCUUAAGAACUUGCUCACAAAGAGUGAAGAUUCUGUCCACUAUGAAAUGCUCCCAGAAUGUGAUGAAUCCAAGAUUGAUUUGGAAAUUGAAAGAACUGUUGAAGCUAUGCAAGCUGUCAUUAAGGUUGGUAGAACUUUGCGUGUCAGAAAGAACAUUCCUUCCAGAACUCCAGUAUCUUCCUACAUUGUUUGUAACAUUGAUGAAGAUUUCAUUAGAAGAGUUAAGAGUAUGGAAUACUUUAUCAAGAAGGAACUCAACAUUCAUGGAUCUGUUAUUGCUACAAGCAACAUUCAAGAAUAUAGUGUUAAAUUGGAAGCUACUCCAAAUAACAAGGCUUUGGGUGUUCGUUUGGGUAAGAAGUUCAAGGAUGUCUAUAAGGCAAUUACUGGUUUGAAACACGAAGAAUUGGUUUCAUUCUUGAUGAAGAAGGAAAUUGUUUUGUGCGGUGAAACUAUCAACAAUGAAGACUUGAUUGUGGCUAACAAGUUUGUUGGUACUGAAAAGAAUUACUUUGCUGAUGAAUGUGGUACUGGUACUUUGAUUUUGAACACUGACUUGUCAGAAGAAUUGAAGGAAUUAGGUUUCGUCAGAGAAGCUGGUAGUAAAGUCCAACAAAUGAGAAAGGAAGCUCGUCUCAAGUUUGAAGAUAAGGUUGACGUUUUCUUGACUGGUAAGAGUUCUCAAACAGUAGUUGAAGUUUUGAAGAAGCACUCUGCCACUCUUGCUCAACAUUUGAAGGGUAUGGACGUCUUCUUUGAAGCUGUUCCUUCUGGAAAGGAUUUGAUCAUUCAACAAGAAAUGAAUGUUGACAGAUUAACUCAAGAAGAAAGCAAUGUUGUUGUUUUCACGUUGAUUAGAAAAGAAUAAAUUUUUGAAAAUAUUUUAAUU